CGGAGAUGCUUUCUCUCGUUCUAGUUCUACAAUCGAGCGAAAAAAAUUUCUAGGACUGAGCACAAUGACUUCUAAGAGGUCAAUCAGCAUGUAGAAGAUGGUGGAGGUAUAAACCACGAUGAAGGGGGCUGUUGCGCGUCGGGUUCGGCACGACCUUCGUCCUAUGUGUUACAACGUCCGCCAUGGUGCUCAGCGUUGCCAUCGUGCAGAUGUUGCGGUGGGGACCAACGUGACGAGCAUCCCACGCCAAGGUUUCUGCAGCUGCCAUGCGAGAGUCGAGGUUGCGCACGACGUCCCUCAUCAGAAGUGUCAAAUACGUUGGACGAGAUCUUCAGCAGGAGCAGCUUCUAGACGAGGACGCAGAGCUACAUCGGCGAUUUCCAGAUCUCCUUCUUCAAAUGGGGGUUUUACUCAUCAUGAUUACGAGAUUUCCAGAUCUCAGGAAGCAAUCACACACCAGGCAAGCGCUUCAGCUGCUUCUCUACCUGAGCAUGUGGUCAUUCCCGCAGUGGUCACGAGUCCUGAGCUUAGGGAUGCGAUCCUGCGCGAAGGGCACAUGUGGGUCUACGACUCCGAGAUCAAAAACAUUGCGGAGCUGCAUAAAAUGAAGAUGCACGCUGGUACACUCGUUCCGAUAGAGUUCGUUCGCUCCGCCUCUCAUCAAGUAGAUGCUGGUAAGAAUUUUUCCGAAUCCACAGAAGAUAUUUCGUUAUCUCGAUGCACAAAUAGUGCAAGUGGAGGCGGACCUGCUAGAAGGGGCUCUGAAAACUUCUACUUGGGAGGAGAAUAUCUCGGCACGGGAGUAUGGAAUCGUUCAUCCUCAAUAACGCUCCGACUUCUACCAGAAAGUCACGUCGAGGUAGAGGAAACACUUGCUGGUUUUUCGAGCGCUCCUAACGGUGAACAAGGAAAAUCUUCGGGUAAUGGUACAGCAGAAGGAGCAGAUAUCUGUGACACUAGCGACAGGGAAGGUGCCAGCAAUAGCAAAGUAUUCGGUGUCACUGCUUCUGCCUCCGGAGAAUCAACCUCUUCAAUACCGCAAUCUCCUAAAACCAGAGCAAUUCUCUCCUUGGAAUCUUCUACGAAUGCGUGGCAACAGAAUGCCCACCUGAUCUCAGAAUUGACUGAACGAGUGCAAACUCUUCUUGCUUCGCGGCUUCAUGUUGAGCUGUUUUCUUCAAAUGGGGAACCACGCCAACAUCUCAAAGAUGACUACUACAACCACGGCCGAGAAGAUGCAACUAGUCGUAAGAUCGGAGAUCAUCCUGAGGCUGAGGUGAAGACUGACGCAGCACCUGAAUCGGCGUUGUACGGUCGCAUACUUCAUGCCGAGAGUGACGGCGUUCCUGGUGUGCUUGUGGACAGAUUCGGGGCUUGCGCAGCAAUCAUUACAUACCUGGCUUUGGGCAGCCAUGCUAUUCUGCAUGAGACAAUCGUUGAGGCGUUGAAGUUGGCAGGUGUUUCUCAAAUCGGUGUGAGAAAACUAGUCACAAAGAAGGAGCGUUGGUGCCUGGCUGGUGAAGAAUUCUCCUUCUCGCUUGCCGCUGGUGAUGAUGCCGUCUUCGUCGCAAAAGAAUUCAUGGAUACUACUUGCUCGACGAGAAUCGAAAUCGAUAGUGUUCGUCUGAUCAAGAACAAGGAGAAUUCACCGAGCAGUAAAAUUGCUGGUACGUCGUCAGCAAAUGAGGAUGACUUCUUGGAUAUGGAUGGCAUGGCCUAUGAAGAACCAGGAGUAGCAAGACCGAUGGGAAACGACGGCGCUUCAUCAACGAAAUUCGCGUUGUUAAAACAUGCUGCAUCAUCCAGUCCAACGAAGAGAUCUUUGGAAUUCGCUUUCACUCUAAUGAGCAGCACGUCGAAAGAUGCGUCCACAGGAGGUAUUAAUAGCGUUUCUUCAUCCAGCGGGUAUGAGACAUGGGAUUUCUGGAGCUCGCAGGUACGGCGUUUUUUACCACGAUUGCUAGCUCAAGGGCAUGGAUCGAGCCCCACUGUUUUGGAUUUAUGGUGCCACUUAGGGGAGACAGGCCUGUACUGUUGCGCAAGUAACACGGCGACCGAAAGCAUUUUGUUGGAAGAGCGAAUGCAUUUAGUUUCUGCGUGUGCCGCGAACGCGAAGCGCAAUGGUUUGGACGGACGCGCCACUGUGCUCCACAAAAAUUCGAUUCUUGCAGAAUUGCGCAACAUGGCACUCGCGGGACUGAAAUUCUCGCUAGUAGUGAUCAAUUACCCGCUGCGCUUCGGACCAAAGAGUUUCAAACAGAGACACGGUCAGUUUGGGCGAUGGUGUCGACCAGAUUUGAAAGGUGUCGCGCCUAUCGUCAAACAAGCAGCGUCGGUGACAGCAUCGGAGGGAUAUGUGGCCUUAAAACUGAUGCUCCCAGAGCAACAUCGAUCCUGGGGAUACGACAUCCUGAGAGACGGUGUCGAGCAGGCCGACCGCACAGCCAGCAUCGUAAGGGAGUUCGCGCCAACAUAUGACAUGCCCCGAGUCAUGACCAAAACCCUCUGGGCGCCGCAUUGGUUCAUCAUCAGGAUGCACGACUGACGUGGUAUAAUACAGGACAAAACGCAUCAUGAUUAUGAAGACAAGAUGACAGUAGAAGUAUAUAUAUGUUCCAGGGCUCAGGGCUGGAGGCCCCCCCCCCGAUAAUUUUUUGGGGGGGGGGGGCCUGCCAGCCCCGGCCCCUCUUUUCGAGGGGCUGCCGGGCGGGAAGGCCUCAAAGCGCCCACUUCUGACCCCUUCCCGCCUUGUUGCCUGUACCCUACAGACCUGGCCAAGGCAGCGGGGCCCUGCCUUUGCCCCCUUUGCCAAUCCUGUACUUUAGGGGACAGGCAACAAGGCAGCGGGGCCCUGCCUUUGCCUGGUCUGUCGGGUACAUGCAACAAGCCAGCGGGGCCCUGCCUUGUUGCAUGUACCCUACAGACCUGGCAAAGGCAAAGGCAGGGCCCCGCUGGCUUGUUGCAUGUACCCUACAGACCUGGCUAAGGCAAAGGCAGGGCCCCGCUGGCUUGUUGCAUGUACCCUACAGACCUGGCUAAGGCAAAGGCAGGGCCCCGCUGGCUUGUUGCAUGUGCCCGACAGACCUGGCAAAGGCAGGGCCCCGCUGCCUUGUUGCCUGUGCCCUACAGACCUGGCAAAGGGGGGGCAAAGGCAGGGCCCCGCUGCCUUGUUGCAUGUCCCCUACAGGCCUGGCAAAGGCAGGGCCCCGCUGCCGUGUUGCCUGUGCCCUACAGACCUGGCAAAGAUGGCAAGGCUGGCGCCCUCUGGCGUGUUGCGGUACCCGACAGAGCUGGCAGAGGAGGCAAGGCGGGACCCACCCCCUUGGCGUGCUGCAUGUGGCCAACCAUACAGACCGCGCAAAGGUGGCCAGGCUGGACCCCUCUGGCGUGGUCCACCCCAGAUCCCUCCACAGGGGGGGGGCCUCCCUCCCUGGUACAUAUUUAUAUAUAAGAACAACCGUUCGAAGCACUAUAACACCAAGGCAACUUGGCGGCACUGCAUCGCAAAUGCAACUGUCGGGUUUUUACUCAACUCGCACGUAAAGGAUAGGCUCAGAGAUCCUCUACCUUACGACAUCUAAUGACUCACUUUCAGCGUGCUGAAAUCGGACAGCUUACCUUCCGACUGAAG